UCUGAGCCGCACGCUUUUGAGUAAAAUAUUAUUGUGUAGGGUGUGUUACGACCUACAGAUUUCAGUACUGAGCAAUAUUCGAAGAUGACUGGUGUUCGAGAAUCUGCGAAGUACAUCUUCGAGAAUGCGGACGACGUCUCGAUUGAUCUCGAUGCAUGCCAAAGGGCCGCUGCUAGUAUAUACGCAAGCAUGCUCGAGAAGUCUUACUCUACAGAGACAUGGUCGAGCCAUGUACUGAAUCCUGAUAGCAAAGAGCCUGCAACAGUGGACUGGAUCUUCGUCGUUGAUCUCUUGAACUUCAGUUUCUGGUCGGACGUGGACGAUAAAGAUACCGGGAGAUCAGAUACCCAGCGGUUUACGGUCUCGUGGCUGGGACAGCAAUGGACUGGAUAUUGGAGCUUGUGUGCUGCAAUCAACCGCGCUCUUGCUGAGGGAAUCCCAAUCACUACGCCAGCCUUCUGGAUCGACAAGGAGAAAUGCUCAGAUGAUGUGAUAAGACACAUAUUCAGGUCUGAGACAGCGGAGCAAGUUCCCAUGUUGAAAGAACGAAUUGCAUGUUUGCGCGAGGCCGGCGAGGCUCUCACCACCAGAUUCGGAGGCAGUUUCGUCGGCUGCAUUGCGGAAGCGAAUGAGUCCGCUGUAGAGCUCGUCAAGCUGAUUGUGGACAAUUUUCCUUGCUUUCGUGAUGAAUCAGAGUACAAAGGACGAACCGUCAAAAUAUACAAACGAGCGCAGAUCUUGGUAUCUGACAUCUGGGCAUGCUUUAAUCAGCAGUCGUACGGGAAGUUCACCGAUAUCGAUGAGAUAACGAUGUUCGCAGACUACCGAGUGCCCCAGAUCCUUCACUCUCUGGGUUGCCUAAAGUACUCUGACAGCCUAACCUCGCACGUUCAGAGCCUUCAACCGAUUCCCCACAACGACCCCCGAGAAGUAGAGCUUCGUGGUUGCAGUAUUUGGAGCGUGGAAUUGAUCAAGGAGGAGAUCAUGAAGCAGCAUCCCGGCACCAAGAUCAAUGCUAUCUUGAUUGAUUUCUACCUUUGGGAUACCGCCAAAGAGAUACAAAAUGAGAUGGGAGAGAAGCAGGAAGCUAUACAGUGUCACCGGACAAGAAGUGUGUUUUACUAAGGUUAUACGCAAUGAUUAUUCUUGAGCAAAGGCUUUGUAGAGUUGGUUCAAAAAAAUAUCUAAAUGGCAGAGUAAUAUAUAAACC